AAUUAUUUCACUGAUUUGUAUCUUUUCAACCUUCCUCGAUUUCAUCAGAUAAAUUUCUCGCCUGCCCAUGCGAACCGAGGAUUGGCAAGAUCCUUAUAUUGCUGCUCGUACCUUAUCUAUAAUUCCAUCGGUCGCCACCGGAAAUCUCUUCCAAUUCACACCUAUUUUUCUUGUUCCUUCUGCAGGUAAUCCGACUGCAGGAGGCCAGGAAAAAUCAUCACAGCCUUCUCGUCCCUUCGACCCUUCCAGCAUCUUCGCAUUCUCUAACGCGAAAUGUCGGACGUAGAAUCGGCUCCUCGGAGCCACCAUGAGGAGGAAGAGAACGACUAUAAUGAUGCCCGUGCCGGCGAUUCAGACAAAGAUUCCGAUGCCUUAUCCGACAUCGACGAGGAUCAGUUCGAUGACUACGAUCCCAACACCGCCCGUAUUGAUGAGAAGCGCCCGGAACCUCAGAUCAUCGACGACGUUGCGGCACGCACGCUGAAGGCUGGAAAAAGAAAGGGCACGGCCGCGAAGAAACCCAAGGAAGGACGACGCGCCAAGAAGCGAUCGCGCGAUAACGACAACGAUGGAGCAGAUGGUGAGAUUCUCAAUACCAAACGAGCACGCAAGGCUACUGGAGCGGACGCGCCCGAACAUGAAUCGGAGCCCGAGGAAGAGAAUUUGACACCCGAGGAGCGGCGGCGACGGGCUAUUGAGCGCGCGGCCAGAAACCAACCAAAGCCGAAAGGUGUCAGAAGAAAGAAGAAGGAUGAAGUGGAUUUGGAGGACGAGUUGGAUGAGCGAAUCGCGGACCUUAAAGUGCGCAUGGAAAACGCCUGCCAAGCUGACAACCAAGCGCGUGAGGCAGGCCAGCCAGCUCUACACAAGUUGAAGCUUCUUCCCGAGGUUAUGGCGAUUCUCAACCUUAACAACAACCAAGCAGCGGUCCUCGACCCGGACACCAACUUCCUCCAGCAUCUUAAGUUCUUCCUCGAACCUCUCAACGACGGCUCGCUGCCGGCCUACAACAUCCAGCGCGAUAUCUUCCAGGCCUUGACCCAUCUCCCGAUUGAGAAGGAAACUCUGCGAUCGAGCGGCAUUGGCAAGGUCGUCUUGUUCUACACCAAGAGCAAGAAACCUGAGGUUGGUAUCAAGCGUAUGGCUGAACGCCUGCUAGGCGAGUGGAGUAGACCCAUCCUGAACCGCAGCGACAACUACAAGAAGCGUCGCAUCGAGACCCGAGACCUGGAUUACCAAGCAAUGAAGAUGAGCCAGCUCAAUACCAGCAGCAGCCAGCUGACGCUGAACCAACGCCACACCAUGCAAAGUCUUGCCGACGAGGAGCGAGCGCGUAUCCUCGCCCCCGCGAGGGAGGUCAGUCGUGCGCGUGUUACCGGCUUACCCUCAACCUACACCAUCGCGCCGCGCAGCACCUUCGAUCCCAACCGCGCCCAGGAUUACAAGCCCAUCGGUGCCAGUGGGAUGGAGGCGUUCCGCAAGAUGACCCAGAAGGGCAGGAAGAAGAACUAGAUUCAUUUCCCCGUCUUGGUGUACGUGGUACGUCGGGUCGUAAUCAUGCUUGGCCGAUAGUUCCAUGCUAUAAACGCAUAUGCGGAGUCCAGGUUUAGGAGGUCUAUUAAAGGACAACAACAAAAUGGUAGUUAGAGUACUCACUCUCUAGUUGCAAAGUAGCUUGUUCAGCAGGCUAUUAGAAAGGGUGGGCAUAUUGGGCCAAGAGCCGUCAGAUAGUAAAGACCUCAAGUCAUCAACCCGUGGCGGUAGAACUUCUUGAGGUCUAUGAAUACACUGUUGUUUUUUCUACGACGUGCCUAAUUAUCUGGUCUCAGGAUUGUUGUUGCGGUAGCUGUGAUUCCUAGUCCUCCACAUCCUGAUUCGAUCUCCUCCUUUUAAGACAGGUUGGCAGUUCACGAAGCUAAACCGACCUCCCGCGCUGUCUUUUCUUGUCCUAUAUUGCCUACCGAAAUAGCACCU